AUGACUACUGCAGCAAGACCUACAAGGGUGCCAGCAAAGGGUGGAAAUGAGCAAGGUGGUACGAGGAUUUUUGGCCCAUCUCAAAAGUAUUCCUCUACGGAUCUUGCAGUACAUACCAAUCUAUUUUUCUACUUUGCGUUUUGUUUGUGGGAUUAUGGAUUGAAAAUAGAUAGAAGGAAAUGCAUGCUAAAUUUGAUGUCUUUUGGUUUCUUUGAUGUGGAUGAUGAAGAGGACGACACUGAAGCUUUAUUAGCAGAGCUGAAACAAAUAAAGAAGGAAAGGGCCAAGGAGACGUUGCGGAUGGUGACUGUCUUUUCUUUGAUUCUUUUCAUGAACGACUACAAGAAGAGUGUUUCGGUCAUGAAACGAGGAACUGAAGCUAGUUCGGAAACGUUCUACGGGUCAUCUAAUCCUUUAGAUAGUGCAUCAAACCGAACUUCAACAAUGAGACUGAAUUUUUUGCCGAAUGAAUUUGGUGAUAUACAAAAUAUAAUCAUGAUUGGAAAUAUAAAAGAAGUUGGAUUAAGCUUCUUCUCUAUUGGAUUGUUAACUCAAUUGAUUGAGUUGAAUAUGAAUCCUGAUCUUGCAAUGAAAAAUCUAAUAACUUUCAGCCCUAAUAAUUCAGAUCGAGAAUUGAAAGUCAAAGAAGCAGAACUCAUGAGGGGAAACCCUUUACUUAAUGUAAAUGGUCCAACCAGCUUCAACGUUAAAAGAAGGUGGGAUGAUGAUGUUGUGUUCAAGAAUCAAGCGCGUGGUGAGACGAAAGCUGCUUAA